AUCUAAUCGGAAACUCUUUCGAUUUUUGCCGUGAUUUGAAGAUAACGCCAAUGAUUUCCGGUUAAAAUGGAGUUCUACUCGUGUGUUGGGGUUUGGAAUGCUAUGAAAAAGGCGUUUAUUUUCCUUUUCAUGACAAUUUUGAUUGAUAAAACAUCGGGGCGAUUUGAUUAUGAGUAUGUUACAUGUGGAUCUACCUUGAAGCUGAAAAACAACUACCACGGGGUCCGGUUACAUUCACAUGAUGUGAAGUAUGGAUCAGGAAGUGGACAGCAGUCUGUGACAGCAGUUGACUCUACAGAUGACAAUAACAGCUACUGGCAAAUCAGGGCCAAAACUGGAACAGAAUGCACAAGAGGAAAUCCGAUUAAGUGUGGACAGACCGUUCGACUUCUUCACGUAACGACGCGGAGGAAUCUUCACAGCCAUCAUUUCCAGUCUCCUCUGUCAAGGAACCUGGAAGUCAGUGCUUUUGGGGAAGAAGGAGAAGGGGAUGAAGGGGAUCACUGGGUUGUUACCUGUUCAGGAAAAUACUGGAGUAGAAACGAAAAAAUAAGAAUUAAAAAUGUAGUCACAGAAAAUUACCUACAUGUUGCUGGGGACACCUUUGGUCGACCAAUUCAUGGACAGAGAGAGGUCAGUGGGUAUCCCUCACCCUCGGAAAUGAACUACUGGCAGGCAGCAGAGGGGAUCUUUAUCAAACCCUCAGACCCCCCUCAAGGGGUGAAAGAUCCUCAUGAUGAAUUGUGAUAAAAAUCUACGUCAUAGAUCUUAAAGUGCAAAAAAUUUCUUCUGAAUGUUCUGUUUUGUGUGUUAUGAAAUGAAAGAUAAUUUAAACAUAAUUUAGAUGUUAUGUGAAAAAGGUUAUGUGUGUACAUGUAUUAUUCAUUUCAUGAACUCAUAUUGCUUUUUGUUACGUUAUCCAUUGAUGUAGUGGCCAUUAAAACAUGGCUGCAUCCAGCUGUGUUUUGUUUGGCUGUCUCUUGUCAAUCUUUUAAAUCUCUUUGACUCUUUCCAUAUUUUUAACAGAUUACACAUAUAUAUGUACAUGUAUGGUUUACCAACAUUCUACAUUCUUAUAAUUCUUCUUCAUAUAUAUUUUUGUUUAAAAGUGUAUCUAUGUGCAUUUAGAAGUAGAAUCUGAUGUUUCUUCACUUUGAUACUCAUUAUUUUUGUAAUUGGUGUUACAUUACAAUUGUAAGAAUAACUUAUUUGGACUUUCUUGAUAAUUUGCAUAUUGAAUAGGUCAGGUUUACUCCCCUAGCAUUUUCUUUUUGAGUGUAUGAUCUUUAUAUGAUAUUGAUGGAAGAACAAACUCAUGAGAUAUCAGUUAAGUAUUUGUGUCAUGGAUAUCAGACUUCUACAUGUAUUUCACUGAAAUUUGAAAUUUGAUUACUGAAUAAUUAUUUUAAAAGAGACAAACUGUAGUGAUUUUAUUUAUAGAUGAGUUGGGUCCAAAGACUGCGUGAAUUGAGACUUGUUUUGUUCAUUGUUAUUAUUGAUAUGCAGAUCUCUUGAUCCAGUGAAUUGUACAAUUAUAUAUAUAUAUAUAUAUACCUGUAUGUGAACUCCACAACUUUGCAUUUUCUCUGAUAUUGCCUUUAAACCUUAAGGUAAAAUAUUGCAGACUGUACUGUCAAAAAUAGUAUGUUUGCAAUCUUUUAAUUUAGAAGAUAAAUCUUUUUCAUCAGUUAAAAGAACACAAAAUUGCAAUGUGCAGCAAAACAAAACAAAAAAAAUUUACAUUUACAUCAAAGUAUUCCUUACACCCUGUGGCUGUAAGAUAUAUUGUGAACUAAAAUGGAUAUAACAAAUUAAAAUCGACCAUCUCCAGCACUUUGUUAUAAGUGUGUUUUAUUGUGGAAUAAAUCCUCAUUGGCUGGAUUGUUACCUCAAUGUAUUAGUUGUGUAAAACAUGUAUAAAUAGCAGUUUUUCUCUGUAGCCUAAAUUUUGAGACUUAUUUCAAAUCUUUAAAUCAACUGUAUGAAAUUCAUAUCACAGAUGUAAAAAUCAGGCUUUGGCUUAUUUAAAGACUUUUUUUUUACUAAUUCGAUUCAAAAUGUCUGACUGUUCUGAAAUGUAAUUUAGCAAUGUUUGCAUCUAUUUUCUGUAUUUAGAACAAGACUCUGAAGAAAAAAAUAAAGAGUGGGAAAUGUU